AUGGCUUCUAGAAAAUCAGCAAAGAAGACCGAGAAGUCCGCCACCACCGCCGGUAGCAGUAGCAAUGACCCACCACCCAAAGAAACCCCAACAAAAAAAAAAGAAAAAUCCAAGGCCAUAGCUGCCAAAAAAGCCGCACUAAAAGGUACAAACGGCAAGGUGAAAAAGAAAGUCCGAACCUCCACCACGUUCCGACGCCCAAAAACGCUCCGACUUGCUCGUGAUCCAAAAUACCCACGAAAGUCAGUUCCACAUGCCCCGCGACUUGAUCAAUAUAAAAUCAUUAAACAACCGUUAAACACCGAAUCUGCAAUGAAGAAAAUUGAGGAGAAUAACACCUUGGUGUUUAUUGUGGACGUUAAAUCUAAUAAACGUCAGAUUAAAGACGCAGUAAAAAAAUUGUAUCAAGUUGACGCGCUAAAGAUUAAUACUUUGAUAAGACCUAAUGGAACUAAAAAGGCUUAUGUUCGACUCACCACUGAUGUAGAUGCAUUGGAUGUUGCCAACAAGAUUGGAUUCAUUUAA